CUUCGCAGGUAUUGAGAGAGCUUUCGCUUCCAACACACCAUGGACUAAAAGAAAAACUUGUUUCUAUAAACACACAACCACACAGAACUGCGAACCAGUGUGACAAGAAGGAUAUCUUUAAAUAACGAAGACAUCAGUAAAAAGAAGAUAUAUCAUUGAAUUCAUGAAUCCAUAAAGUGUGCACAAAUGGCGAAGAGUCUUCAUAUACUACAAACAAAUGAAAACUUCAUGAAGUAGCAAAGACCAUGCAACGACUUAGCAAUGUGUGCUCGAAACACCGUCACUGGAAAUGCUAUCAUAGAAAAACACGUUUUUCCUGUGAAAGGAAUGGAAUUCUCAUGACUGGAGAAGUAACCCGCGCUACAUUCAUUAAAGUAAGGUAAACGUUUAUAGUUUAUACUGAGUCUAAAUGAGGGAAGUGUUUGUGAAUAUAUUCAAAUAUGUAUGUUGAUGAAUCGCUAACGGAUCGAAAACGUUAUGCUGCUAGCUAUUUAAACCGAAUUAUUCUUUUGUAUGUGUAUAACACGUCAGCAAACUAAAAAAUAGAGUUCGUUUUAAAACGAAUACCAUUUCCCCCAGUUAUGAUAGAAGCGAUAGAGGUUUAAGUUUAGGAAUGGAGCAGUCCAGUAAGUUUAAACCAAUGCCUGUCUUACCCGACCAGUCUUGGACAACGAAUGCAUUUAAUCACACAAAUGGGAAUAACAGUAAUGACACUAAGGGAGACGGAGUCGGGGACUUGGCUGUUCAAACCAGUUUAGCAAUAACUCUAUCACUUAUAACUCUCGCUACAAUGUUGGCCAAUGGAUUUGUGAUUGUUACUAUUUAUCAAACUAGAAAGCUACACACUCCUGCAAACGUCCUUAUUGCUUCUCUGGCCGUCACAGACCUUUUAGUAUCCAUUCUGGUGAUGCCUAUCAGCGGUCUCUACACAGUGAGUGGCACUUGGACUUUAGGACAAAUCGUUUGCGACAUCUGGCUGUCCUCAGAUAUCACAUGUUGCACUGCAUCCAUACUUCACUUGUGCAUAAUCGCCUUGGACCGGUACUGGGCAAUAACUGAUGCUGUUGAAUAUUCCAAGAAGAGGACCCCGGUAAGGGCAGCCGGGAUGAUUGCAGUAGCCUGGGUCAUUGCGAUCUCCAUAUCGAUGCCGCCUUUGUUCUGGCGUCAUGCUAAAGCAGAAGAGGUCAUUUCAUGCAUGGUGAACACUGAUCACAUUUUUUACACACUUUAUUCCACCUUUGGAGCCUUCUACAUUCCGACUUUAUUGCUGCUUGUUCUGUAUGGGAGGAUCUACGUGGAAGCCCGAUCUAGGAUUCUAAAACAGGCACCGAAAAAAGCAGGCAAAAGACUGACAUCAGCGCAUUUACUCGCCGAUUCCCCUGGAUCAGCAGCUUCAACGACGCUCCUGACGUGCAGAGCACAAGAACCCUCCUCUGGUGACACCGGCGCCCCAGUGUGUCUAAACCAUCACGUCCAGGUGACCGUGUCUGAUGCGCUUUUGGAAAGGAAGAGGAUCUCGGCUGCUAGGGAACGGAAGGCCACUAAAACUUUGGGUAUCAUUUUGGGAGCUUACAUUGUGUGCUGGUUGCCCUUCUUCAUUAUAACCCUGGUCUACCCUAUUUGUACGACUUGCUGGUUCCACCCAGCACUCUUUAACUUUUUCACCUGGCUGGGUUAUGUAAACUCUUUAAUUAACCCUAUCAUUUACACCAUGUCGAACGAGGAUUUCAAACAGGCUUUCCAGAAACUAAUGCGCUUUAGAUGCUGCACCUCGUGAUAUGCCCUUGUAGAUUGAAGUCGACUGAAAAAAGUUGUCUUUUAUUUCCGUUUCUAAAGGUAAUCUUUACAGCCGCUGCAGUUAAAUAAUGUUUCAGCUCUUUUGCAAGCUGCUCUUGGUAACGCGCGUAAGCAGAUAACCCAAGCAACAUCUGAAUCGUCUUACUCAUUUCAAUAGAAAUAACCUAUCGGCAAACCGUUCGGUGUUUCAUUUGGAGUUGAACGAGCAUAGAGACUACAUAUACCAUCGCAAUGUCUCAGCUUUGUGAUACAACUUACAGUCUCUUUAGAAAUUUGUGCUCUUGGAAAGAUUUAUUUGGACAAACUAAGAAAAGUAACUGUAAACGCAAAAAUGUAACAGUAGGAAAACCAACAUUGUAUUGUUUUUAUAAUUAAUGAUGUCAACAUGCGUGUCCCAUGCUUACUGGAACAAUUGUAUUUAUUUCCAUGUGUUGAUGUUUGAAAAGGUCUUAAAUUAUAUUUUGGUUCCUAAAAAAAAGAAGGUGUUUCCCACUUUGCAGGCCAGCUAUGGUAAUACGAUUUACCUCAUAAUUAAUCGUAUUGUGUAUGUUUUAUUUUAGUUUUUUACAUUUCUGAAUUGUUUUAGAGUAUGAGAUCGUCCCUCUCUUAUGAAUGGUUUUAAUGAAAGCACCGCCGUUUUACUGUAGUAUGCACAAUGCUGUGAGCGCGUUGUAUCAGUACAAACACAACACAGCUACUGCAAUGUAUUUAAAAAGACUGAAUACUUACACUUGAACUGCACGAGGCGGAAACAAAGUGGGCAUUGAUGAUGAUUGGUGUUUUAUUAUUGCUGUUUGGAGAGACUGUUUUACAAUUGUAGUAAGGUUUGGUUAUUGGAUUUUUGGUCUCAGACAUGUUAAUAAAUUAACAGUAAUACUAUAUGAUUUAUUUGAAACAACAUGCAGCCAUUUUAUUAAUCCAAAAAUAUAAUCAAAAAAGGUAAAGGUCAUAGCAAAUGUAGUGACUUGCAGAGCCACAGUGAAGAUGACAGAAUUCUGGGUGUUGAAAGAGGUGAGGGUGACUCAUGAAGUUUUAUGUCUGUGGUCCCAGAUUGAAUAUUCUUGGAAAACAGUUAUUGAGGGUGUUGCAAGAAUGUCUGUGUGCAAGAGCAGCAUCAUCUUUCCAGAAAACAGGUGCCAGAAAACAAACAAAAUAAGCUUUGCUCCUCUGGGAGGAACAGGGAGGGAGAUACAGCACCUUGUCCAGUUUGUGAGGGGAUGGUUUGCCACAAACCACACAAAACCAACUCUUAUGGAAUAUCUCAAAGUAUGCAACUUUAUUACGUUUAGGACUAUAUAUAUCCCUUUUUGUAUUACACAUAGCCUUACUGAAAACUGAACCCUGUGCAUAGCAGUUGGAAUAUUUAAGUAUCAUAGCUUUUGCUGCAUUGUUAAUUGUCAGGUUCUUUCUCCAGAGCAACCUAAAGUACAUCACUCUCACUGAGGUUACACCUGUCUUAAAACCAAUAACACAUGACCAUAUAUAUUGCCAAUGGGCACCAUUAGGGGCAUAAUUCAACUGUCCUUGGUAUCAAUAUUCAGUAUAUAUUUUUUGAUGAUAAAACACUAAUCUCUUAAUCAUGAAUAUUCCUUUGUCUUGUUAAGAAAAAUCUCUGCAAAAUCCCAGAACAAUGCAAAACAUCAAAAUACAUCAAAAUAUUGAAAAGACUUGUGACAUCAAAUUGGUAACUGCAAUCAAAAGCGAUUUUACAGUUUUUAUUUUGCACAGAGAAUUCUGCAUACACUAUAUACAGUGUUUACUAAACAUAGAAAGAAAAUGAUAUGCCAUUAUUAUUUUAUGCUGAACAUUCAGGACUUCACUGUGUAUAAAAUGGAAAUAUCUGUUGUGCAAUGAAUGCUUUAAUGAAUACAAUAUUAAAUAUUAUAAUUCUUUACUAUUGUACUUUCUGUCCUCUUGCCAAUCAAAACGCUUUAUUUUCUUGGUUUUUUUUGUUCUUUUCAGUGCCUUAGCCUUAUUGAUGUUACUAGUGUCUGCUUUCCUUUCUGGAUAACUCAGAAAACAGAUAGAUGUGUCAGUGGUCAAUCUUUUAGGUAGCAUUACAAACCUGACAGCUUUUAUUUCAGACAUUCUGCUGCAUAACUCCUUUUCAUGUAGGUCAGGUGCU